UCAAUUUGUAGCGCACUUUACUUGUGCUAAUCAAUAUUAUGGGAAGAAAACUACAUUUGGUAGACAAGAGAUCGGAAUACUUAAUAUUACUAACCAAUAAAAGUAAAGUUAAUUUAAUCUAGAAAGAACACAAACUGCUAGAAAAGGGUGGCGAUGUUGUUAACAAAUUGUGUACCACUGAUGGGUUUAUAUAUACCAGUAUACUUAAAGAAUAAAUUCUGUGGUACAACUGUGCAAACUUGUCAAAUAUAUUUUCUUUGAUUAAAACAACCGAAUCAUUUAGAGUAACAAUUGUUAUACAUUCACAAAUCGUCCGAAGCAAUUUUAAACAUAAGAGGUGGAAAAAAAGUUGCCACAACAGUUGCUGUAAUAAUCUUGAAUAGUCAGUUCCAACCAAGUCAAAAGCAACUGUUUAACAUUAUACAUAACACGUGUGUACAUACACUUAUCUACGAAAGUCAACUGUUCCAAAUAACAAUAAGAAUAUUAAUUGAAUAACUUCUUCUUCAACUUCGUGAAUAACCAAAAACUUGUACUUGUCAAACUGUGUCCAUCAGAUCUUAAAGAUUCAUUUAUACAAGGUCAUACAUUUAUAUUUUCUUUAUUCAAAGAUAUACUACUAUUUUGAGAAGAUCGACAACUGUUCACGUUCACAACUAAUUGAACUAUCAUCAAUAUACUUCCAAUUUUAUGUAACCAGAAGAUAAAAAACAAAAAGGAAACUAUUUUCUCUCAAAGGAUUGUCCAAGAAUACACAAAAUUUUCUCACUAAUAAGAAACAAGAAAUAAAUUAUUUACUGGAAGAGAAAAACAGCAGCACUCAAAAACUGUUUAAUUUUUUUCACUGUAGUCAACAAUCAAAAAUUUCCUAAUUCCUCUUCAAAAACAUUCAACUCGUGUUAAAUCUCAAUACAUUUCUGGAUACAUACGUACACACGGAGGUAUACACAAUUACACUAAACCACAUUUGUGCGUACAUAGGAAAAAUUCAGAUUGGCAGCUGACUGGAGUAAUACCAACUGUUGUCUAAUAAACGAAAAAACAACAGAAGUUGAUCAAAACUAUUGCAGUGAAUUCACCUGCUGACUUUUACAUAUUAUACAGUGAAAAAGGAUAACAAAUUUUCUUACUAUUUCCGUGUCCAAGUAUCAACGUAAUCGAUUUUAUUAAAGUGAUCAGAUUAUUACAGAUUUAACACUUAUAGUAUCAAUACUUAAUUGAUUUAUGUAUUAAUACAUAUAUACAUAAAUCUCUGACAAGACAAUUAACAGUUGUCCUUUUGUGUUAUUUGAAAAAUCCUUGGAAAAUUUUCUAUACAUUAAAAAUCACGUGGACUCAAAAUUAUGAUUGGAGAAUAUGAACAGUCACACCAUCAUUUAAACAAUACAUUUGCUAACUACAGUAAUAAUAGCAGUAGUAUAAUAGAUGAUAUAUCUACUGAAUCAUGUCAACUGUUAUCUUAUCCUACACAAGUGAUUAACAAUAAUAACAAUAAUGCAACAACGAAAAAUUCGACACAUUUCACUUCAUCUAUUAAUCAUCAUCAUAUUCCAUUAACGAGUGAACAGGUGAAUUUCAAUGUAGAAAACAACUCCGAAUACAGUCAUAACAUAUUAGGUAGUCAUACUAAUCAUUAUGGACUAUCAUCUUCUACUAGUUCACCUUAUGGAAAUUUGUCAAAUCAAUAUUCAACUAAUUCACAUUAUACAACAAAUCAGCCGCAUUAUCCUAUUGUCACAUCGAAUAAUAAUAACAAUAAUAAUGAUAAUAAUCCAUUUAGAUGUGCGAAUUCUUUUAUACCAUUAGUUAAUUCAAAUCAUCAUUUACCUUCUAUAUCACCAUCAUCAUUAUCAUCAACCUCAAUAACAACAACAACAGCGUCAGUGACAGCAACUAUAACACCAACAUCGUCAAUGACAGCAGAAACAUAUCAAACUAAUUUAUGUGAUCAAAUUGAGUUUUCACUGAAUUCUCAGUUCCUUCAACCGACAACCGAAGAAUUUAUCACAGUAUUACCAAAUGAAACUGAAUUAAUAAAAACAUCUGUAUUGCGUCAUCUGGACCACUAUUCACAGUUUGUAAAUCAAUCACCAUUUCAAACAUUAGUACAUCAGUUAGUAACCAAUACUACUACUAAUAAUAGUAAGCAUAACUAUAAUAGUACUUCAAAAUCAACAAUUGAUGAUGACUUAAUAUUAUGUCAUACAAAUAUUUUAUCUAAUCCACAUAAUAAUCAUGAAUUUUUACCAUCAUCAGUAUACCAUUAUCAACAUGUUCCCGAAAGUGAACUUGUUAAAAUAGAAACACUAGUUGACGAUGAUGAUGAUAAUGAAGAUGAUGACAGCACUUAUCUACGUCAACAUAAAGAACAUCAACAAAGACAACAAUUUCAACAACUAUUACAACCAAAUGAACAUAACACAUAUAUAGGAAACUCUCGAAAAACUACAUUCAACGAUUUGAAAUCACCUUAUCCUGAAAAUUAUGUUUCAAAUGAACAAACAAUAAUCCCAUCAUCAAUCAUAAUACCUUCGGUAACAAAUGAUGAAUUUAAUUUAUCAAAUAAUUGGACACAAGAUAAGAUAAAUACGUAUCCAGAUGAAAUAUCAUUAAUGUCACAACACCAACAUCGUCAGUCUGGUAAAUAUUUAACAUCAGCAAGCCAUUUUACAUCAACUCCAUUAUCAUCAGAAGCAAACUUUGGCAAUCGUCAAAUAGAUUAUUUGAACAAUAGCAUCUAUAAUAACCCUGAUCUGUUGCAUAAUACAACACCACAACGUUUAUUAAUUACAGAAUCUAAACAACACGUGUCAAAUAUAUCCAAAUCUUUUGAUAACAAUGACAAUAGUAGCACUACUACUAAUAAUAAUCGUAACAUGUAUUGUCUACCAGUUUCUACACAAAUCGCUGCCACUACCACUCCCACAACAAGUGAGAAUUCAGUAAGUAGUUUUAAUCAAACACAGAUUCUUUUUGAUGGAUCCUCUUCAACUUCAUCAGCUGCAUCGAGAUCAUCAAGUUCACUUGGUAAUACAUCGUCAGACAAUAAUAACAAUUCAGGAAAAAGACCUCAUUGCCUAUUAAAUGAAUUUCAGACUCAUCUACAAAGUACAACAAAUAAAAACACUUGUCAAAAGUCGGAACUUGUCAGCAACCCACCAGUAUCGUACAUAACUAAUAACAGUUUCCAUAUAACAUCGCCAUCCCAUAAUACAUCAGUAGAAAAGACUGAUAAAUAUACAAAUCCUGAUUCAAAUAAAUCAUCUAUUGACGCAGAACAAAUGAUAAGUGAGAAAACUAAAAAUGAUAGACGAAAACAAACAGAACUGUCAACAAAUAAUUUUACAACUACAUCACUUAAACGUACUAAAUCAAUGAUGCAGUCAGACUCAACAACGAUCUCAUCGAAACCUGAACGACCAAGUACACAACAACAAACAACCUCAUCAUUGCGUAAACGUGGUCGUUAUUCCCGUAUGAAACAACCGGCGAUGAGUAUAGAUAAACAUCAUUUGAUCAACACAACAAUAAAUGAAUUACAAACUUCACAGUCGACGAUGAAAACAGCAGUAAUGAAGUCAAAUAUAUGUGAUGAUACAAGUAGCAGUACAGAUGACGAAUCUGAUUCAGAUAAUGAUGAUACUGAAGAAACUAAGGAAGAACAUGUUAUUGCACCUGGUUCACAUGGACAGUGUCUACUAUGGGCAUGUAAAGCAUGCAAGAAAAAAACUAUGCAAGUUGAUCGGAGAAAAGCUGCAACAAUGCGUGAACGACGUCGUUUACGUAAAGUUAAUGAAGCAUUUGAAACAUUAAAAAAACGUACAUGUGCUAAUCCAAACCAACGUAUGCCAAAAGUGGAAAUUUUAAGAAAUGCCAUAGAUUAUAUUGAAAAUUUAGAAGAUAUGUUACAACAGAAUGGCGUUAUACCAAUGGGUAUGACACCGUUAACAUCAGCACUGAACGUAAUUACUACAUCUCAAAAUGAUGUAAACAAGAGUAGUGCACAUAACCGUAUAACUCAAUGCAACUCAUCUGUAACAACUUCCGUAAGUACUUUAAACAAUUAUCAUCAUUCUAAUGCAUCUAUAAAACAACCAAAAACAACCAUCCACAAUAAAUAUAGUAAAGAACAAAAUGAAACAUCUUCAUCAGUGACAAAUCAACCCCAUUUAUCUAAUAACAAUAGAUGCCUAUUAACUUAUACAUGUUCUCAAGACAGUCCCAAUUUGUUGAAUUUCAGAUGUGAUUUCAAUUUAGAAAAUGGAAAUAGGCAUGAUUCUACCGAUUCUCUUACAGAUUUGUCACUCGGUAGUUUACCAACAGAAUGCAGACCUGAAGAUCAACUAAAUACAAUGCCUAAUUCUAUAUGUUCCCUUAUUCCAACAACAAAGGAUUCCAAAUUAAUCGAUUUUAGUAGUAAUUAUUCACAAACAACCACGUGGAAUAUGUGUACACCAUACGAAACAUUGGACAGUUUAAAAACCGGUGAUCAGGCACAAACUAGUAAGUCAUAUAUAUAUGUAUAUCCCAGUUUUGCUUAACUCCCACAUUUAAAUUAAAAAUUUACAAGUAUUAGUUGACUAAGUGAUUACAAAUAUCUAGAAUAAUUUUCCUAUUGAUGAACUAUGAUAUUUUAAAAAAAGGAUAAGUGAAAGUAAAUGAGUUUAUGUCUGAGUUCAUGAUGCAGAAAACUGUAAUGAAAUUAUAAAAAGAAAUCUGGAUAUAGAUUGUUUAAUAAUUAUUAUAUUCUAACUAGUGAAUAGAUUCUGGAUAAGUUUUUGAAGUUCUUUUAGGAAGCUAUGACCUGUUACACCAACCAAAUCAGAAAUGAGACAGAAACUUAUACACACUGAUAAAAUCUAAUGGAAAUUGAGUUAUAUUACAAAUAGAUUGAAGUUGAGAACGUAAACUAUUGAGUCUUUAAUAUAAUUCAAACGAUAUUGUGUAACCAAGAGUUUUGGAUAUGUGCAAGAUGAAUACUGUUUAAAAUUUCGAGUGAACACUAUUGAGGAACCCCAACUUGAAACAAAAUUACUAUCUAAUAACCCAUGAUUUUUAUUGGCUUCCCGGUUGAUAAAAGUUUUUUAUGAAAAUUACCUUAACAGAAAAUAGUUAUCAUAACACUUCACAUUUCAUCGUAUUUCAAUCAAACUAUAUUAGGAUAACGAUUGGAACGAUGUCGAAAAUGAAGUUUACUUUUUCUUAUUUAAAAUCAUUUAGCGUACACUAAAAUGGAUAGGUGCAAACCAUCACUCUUAGCUCAUUGGAAACGAUUUAGAAUAGAUGUUCUGCUAUAUGUGAAGUUUCAUGUUGUUUUAAACUUUGGGUUCGAAUCUCGCUAGGCGAGGUCGUGGAUGCGCACCGUUGAGGAGUCCCACAACAGGACGAAACGGCCGUCCAGUGCUUUCAGGUUUUCCUUGGUGGUCUAGCUUCAACUGACUCACGCUUACAACUAUGAAAAAGUAUGUAUUCCAUUGCUGAAAUUUCUAAUUGGGAUGAAAUUCUAUGCCGUGAAAAAUUUAAACAAAUCAUUAUACUACACUUUAGAAGAGAUCUAAAAAUUUGGAUUUAUUGUAUAUACCUCUCUUUAAUCUGACGUCUUGUUUAACGUCCUACUAAUCAAAGCAUAAAUAAUGUUGAAAUGGACUAUGAUAAAAUAAUUUGACAUGAAGCUGACUACUGUUAAAUUGAUUAAACUUCAUUGAGAACGAGUAUUGAGUAUAUAAACAAUCUUUCUUCAUAAUAAAAACAAUCAAAAGUUUUGCCAAAAAAAAGAAAAAAAACAUUUCAAUAUGGAAACAUAACAGUAGUGAUAAGAUCAUCUGUUUUAGUUCUUAAAUGGAGAUCUUUAUUGAACCUGUCUUAAUUUAUUUGAUAUAAAUAAAUAAACACACAGGUGUAUACCUAUAUAAACGUAAAUAAUCUUAAAUCUUUACGGUAAAUUCAAUCAACCUUAUUUAAUAAAUGAUAACCAUAAUUCACCUGUUUAUAAUAUGAAAUGGUUGUCAUUUCUUUAUAUACAAUGAUCAUUAUGCAUAGGAUACACAAUCCAUUUUGAUACUGUUCAUUUUUUUUGUUUGUUUUAAGCAACACACACAUAAAUGUGCACAAAUACACGCACAUGUAUAUAAACAUACGAAUAAGUUUGGGAAAUAUUGUGGGUAAAUAAUUCGAUUUGAUAUGCACAAUAUCAACCACUAAGUAUAAAUAAAUACUAAGCAUUUAAGCAUUCGGUAAGUUAUUAGGAUAUGGAUAAAUGAUCAAGAAGCCAAUAUCUGUAUGGAUAAAUGAAUGUAUGGUAUAAUAAUAAUAAGAAGAAGAAGAAGAAGAAUACCAAAAUGAUAGAAUUGAAUCGCGAUUAUAUGUGUAAAAGUAAUCAGUACUAAGAUUCCAGUUAAUGAAAAAUCCAGAAGUUUUUAACAUCAAAUUAAUUGUUAUUCAUUGAUUAAGAUGGGUUAAAGUGGAAAGAUAAUGACUGAUCCUUAAAUGAAUAUUGAAUAAAAUUCUAAUUCCAUUAGUGAUCCAAUGAAAGAACCAUAUUUUUCCCUGUGAUGGUUUAAAAUCAUAAUUAGUUAAUUAAUAUCCAGUGGUUUUCAUAUUACUUGUCUAUCAUGACUAGUGAAUAAAACAUCAAACGAAAGUUCUACUGUUUACAUUCAAGGGUAGUUAGAAUCUUUUCGCAAUAUCAUGUGGACUGUCAGUAGGGUAAAGUAAUAAUAUUAUUAUUAGAUAAAAGUUACUACUAUUUAUUAAGGAGUGUUUUGUGGGAAGAUCUUUGUUAUAAACAUAACAGUUGCAGAGAAGUUGAAAAUCAGGAAUACUACAUAAUCGUUUCUUCCUAUGUUUGGACUAUUCAGUGAGGUUCAAAAAUGAAUUCGUACUAGACAGAACUCAUGAUCUUAAGAUUUGGGAAUAAGCAAAAUACUUUUAGACUACCGAGUCGUAAUUCAGUGACAUACAUUUUCCAAUAUCCGUUUCAUAGUUAUUUAUGUUAUUUUAAGAAAUUCAACUAGGUUGAUGGUCAAAAAUUACUUUGAAAUUUCACAUUAUGGAUUGACUACAGUAAGAAAACCAUUAAAAACUAGGAAGUACCGAAGACGUACUUCGUUUUUAUAUUGGACUCCCUAUCGGAGAUCGAUUCCAGAAUCUUCAGGCAUCACUGUGAACACGUCCAAUGGCUUAGAUUCUUAACUUGACUCAAUUCAUGAUAUUCUCCUAUCAUUGAUGAUAUUUACCUCAUGUCCCAUACUCCGACUAAACAGUUUUCUAGUUUUGAUUGUUUUUCACUGGUUGUAUAAGUCAAAUAAUUUUGUAAUGUCAAGUUCAGAAUUCAACAAUCCCCGUAAUACCCUACAAUCAGAAUAAACCAAAAUUAUCCGGGGAAGUAUUGACAACAAGGAAAUAUUCAGCCAUUAUUUUGAGAUAUUAUAACACAGAAUAUUACAAAUUUCUUAUAAGGUUACUACCCAUGAUCAUUAACAUUUUAAAAGAAAAGAAAUAUGUGUGACGUAAGUCACGUAACUAAACAGACAUAAUAUUUAGCAUUCAGUUUCAUACCACUCUGUCCAUCGCGAGCUCCCAGUAAAUAAAAAUACCUAAACUAAACAACAGUAUACUUACUACAAGACUUGAAAUUCGUAGACUGGAUUAUGUACGAGAUCAGGGUGUGUAAUACUAUGAAACUUCAAUAAAAUAUAUCUUUCAUGCCUUCUUGUCAAUAGUUAUCCAACUGAUACCAUUCCAUGGUAAAGAUGAUCUUCCGACCUAUUAUCAUCAAAACUAACUACUACAAUACAAAGGGACAUUUUAAAGUCAUUUGAGACAGAUGAAACUAGCCACUGUAUUUUUUGAAGACGCUGAAUUUCGUCAAACACUGUUUUCAUGGAAAUAGUGUUAAGUUUAAUAAGAUAAACAAUAAGACAAUCAAAAACUAAUCAUUGAACCAGAAAUAUCAUUUAAAAAUAGUUUUACUUAGUAAAAUGACUGUUCAGUGUAAUAAUCUUCAUUUAGAACUUCACCAAGCUCCUUUUUCUGUUCAUUAAACAAAUAUAAUCGCUCACUAGAGAAGCUGAAUAAUGACUAACUACGGAAUUCAGGAAACAUGUUUCGUCUAAUUUGAACUCAUUGGCUGGACGUACCAUCAUUUGUAAUGAGAUAAUAUCGAGACCAUUCGUUCGUGAUCCACCCAAGUCAGCAUAGACUUAUAAAUUGUAAUCCUUUACAAAAUAAAUAGAAAAUGCAAAACUUUACAUGUAAAAUGGCUAAUUAAGGUUUAAUUUUUCAACAACAUACACAUACAUCAAAAAGAGUAACAUGAUGGAGAAAUAAACUAAAUCAAUCAUAACAACAACAAAAAGGUUUGAAAUAGAAAUAACACGAAAGAAAACUAUGUUUAACGAUAAGCAAUAAAUAUAUAACUUAUAAAUGAAGAUAUAUAUGGGAAAUCAGUGAUUGACACAUUAAAUACGAUUAAUUUGCAUGAAUUGUAAAUUUUCUUCUAAGAUUUGAAUGUGUGAAUAUAUGAAGAAACUUAAAGCUGAUUUAGGUAGUAAAGAAAUUAGAAGAGAGGGAUAGUGGGAAAAUAGAAGGAAAAUGUUAAACUAAUCAUUUAUUUUACCGUUUUACUGGUUUUUAUAAAUAAUAAAACAGACAAUAAUUCUCAUGAAGAUGAUGUGAAUCAUCAUACUAAUUGUUAAAUUAAAUGAACCAAUUAGUUUGAUAAUUUCUAAAUUGAAAUAAUUAAAUCAACUACAACAACUUGAACACCUUGUUCAUGCCAUUUCUAAAACUAAAAGCACUCAAGUGUAUAAGUCAUCUAUAGUAUUCAAUAAUAAAUUGUAAUUUUAGGUUUUCGAAAGUGAUCGGUGUAAAACGCUAAAUAUAUGUGUUUCCUACCAUUUGUUACGGAACUGAUGCACCAUGAUAAACUACAGAUAACUCCUAAUAACAAGUACCGAUUAGCAUAAAGCCUAUGUCUAGGGUUUUCUGGAUAUAGUGGAUACAAUAUCGUGUCCCUUAGACUAGUAACUACUCUGUAAUUUAAAUUCACUUAGUGUUGUUUGUUUGAAUCUUC